UUGGCUAUUUAGUUGACUCGUUUUCCGGAAUUCCGGUUCUGCCUCAAUAGUUUCUUCUUCUAUCCUGUUGUGGCCGGAAUAGUCAACCUGCACUGGGUUCUGCAUCAGGAGAGAGAGAAAGAGAGAGAGAGAGCACCUCUUCUUAUUCUUUGUGCGUCAAUCUUCACACUCCCCUUGUUUUUCUGCAUGAGUCGUUUCCUGUUUACGGCAACAUUUAAACCCGAACUUGAAAUUUUACAGUCAUGAGACAACUUGUAUCUUCGUCCAUAUUAGUAACCAAAUCUCCCAAUUGCAGAAGCACUCCUUUUUCCUUGGUGGGGCGUUUUAAUUUAGUUUUCAGUGUUCCUGUAUCUAAUCUUUAUCUUUGAUCUUCAGAUGAUCCGUUGAGACCGUAAGGAUGCUUCUUUCUCAUCUUGUAAACAGCCUUCCUUUAUUUGAUUCCCUAGAAAGUUCUGAAAUUUAUCCUCUUUCGUGUACAUAUCCAACGAUUGGUCUGUCAGGUCCCGGUACUUAGUCCUUCAUCAUGCUCAAUGUCUCUAGCUUGUGGUCUACCCCUCCUUGAAUGCAUAUACUGUAUUGCUUGUGUUCGUUGGGCAUGGAAUCGUUGCCUUCACACUGCUAGCCAUGACAGUGAAAAUUGGGGCAUCGCCACCCCUGAGGAAUUUGAACCAGUCCCUCGAAUUUGCCGCUUGAUUCUCGCUGUCUAUGAGGAAGACAUUCAGAAACCACAGUGGGCCCCGAUUGGAGGGUACCGGAUUGAUCCUGCCUUCUUCAUUGUUCGGAAGAAAUACGAAGACACACAAGGCCGAGUCCCUCCUUAUGUAAUUUACCUUGACCAUGGUAAUCAUGAUAUUGUUCUUGCAGUUAGCGGCCUUAAUUUGGCAAAGGUGAGCGAUUAUGCGGUUUUAUGGGAUAACAGGCUGGGACAGAGGAAAUUUGAUGGCGGAUAUGUCCAUAAUGGCUUACUGAAGGCAGCAGGGUGGGUUUUGGAUGCAGAGUGUGAAACUCUCAGAGAGCUGCUUGAGAAGAAUCCUGGUUACACGUUGACAUUUGCGGGGCACUCGCUUGGAUCUGGGGUGGCAUCAUUGCUUUCAGUGGUGGUAGUGCAAAAUCGUGAUCGUUUAGGAAAUUUAGAAAGGAAAAGGAUAAGAUCCUUUGCAGUUGCUCCUGUGAGGUGUAUGUCUUUGAAUUUGGCUGUGAGAUAUGCUGAUGUCAUCAAUUCUAUUGUCCUUCAGGAUGAUUUUUUACCACGAACUGCAACACCUCUGGAAGACAUGUUUAAAUCACUUUUCUGUUUACCGUGCAUAUUAUGCUUGAGAUGUAUGAGAGAUACAUGCAUACCGGAGGAGAGAAUGCUUAAAGAUCCCAGACGAUUAUAUGCUCCAGGUCGGCUGUACCACAUUGUUGAGAGAAAACCAUUUAGAUGCAGAAGAUUCCCACCUGUUGUGAGGACUGCUGUGCCUGUGGAUGGAAGGUUUGAGCAUAUUGUCAUCUCAUGCAAUGCAGCUUCUGACCAUGCAAUCAUCUGGAUAGAGAGGGAGGCACAAAAGGCUUUAGAUUUGAUGUUGGAGAAGGAUAGGAUUGCAGAGAUACCACAGAAGCAGCGGAUGGAGCGGCAAGAAACUAUAGAGAGAGAACACAGUGAGGAACACAUAACAGCACUUCGGAGAGCAGUAACACUAGCAGUUCCACAUGCAUUUGCACCAUAUCCGUAUGGCACCUUUGACAGAUUUAGCAGUGAGCAUUUUGUUGUGGGCGAGGGGUCACUGGGUGCUCAGAAAUGCAAGCAGAGGAAGAGCUGGGAUGAGCUCAUUGAGCGCCUGUUUGAAAAGGAUGAGUCUGGUCACAUGGUUCUCAGGAAAAUGUAAGCUGCCAAAGAGCCCUGUACAUUCAGCGUAUUUGUUUAUAUUCAUUCUACUUUUGUCUUCAUCACGCUCAUUGUUGGGUGAAGCAAAAGGAAAAAGAAAGAAAGUGAUUGUACAGAUUUGGAGAUAUCUUGGAAGUGUUGAUACUUCCUUGUACGUGAACACUCUUUACGUGGUGUUAACUAUUGUCGAUUAACAUUGUUUCCCUGCCAAAAAGAGAGGAAGGUAUUGCAAAUCAAUUUUAACUUUUUCUUUUCCAGAAA